GAAGCAAUAUCUAACGCACCCGCACUGCCGCGACUUGGCACGCGCAUUUACGUUCGGUGCUGAGGCCAAAUCCGCGCUCGCGCAAGAAAUCCGUUUACAGUCAGUUGGUAGAGGUCCUGGUGGUCGGUACUGUGCUCCGUCAGUCCAACAAUCAGCACGGUUAAAGCCUCUGACAGACGCUGAACCGUGCAGAGAGCGGUGGUGGUUUCUCGGCGACACACACUGACAGAGUAGCGGCUCUUUGGAGAGGAAGAAUGGCGGAUUCGAGCAGCACCGCAGCAGUGGGGGCCGCGGACUCCAACAGCGCUGCAGCUGCUGCCGGGGCGGAUGGUGCGCCCGGAGUUGCGGGUACGAAGACUGGGUCCGAGUCCGUGAAGGGCCAGAUAUUUGAUGUGGGCCCCCGCUACACGAACCUGUCUUACAUCGGGGAGGGGGCGUACGGAAUGGUGUGCUCUGCCCUGGACAACGUCACAAACCAGCGUGUUGCCAUCAAGAAAAUCAGCCCCUUUGAGCACCAGACAUACUGCCAACGCACGCUGAGGGAAAUCAAGAUCCUGCUGCGUUUCAACCAUGAGAAUAUCAUUGGCAUCAACGACAUUCUCAGGGCACGGAACAUUGACAACAUGAGGGAUGUCUACAUCGUGCAGACCCUGAUGGAGACGGACCUGUACAAGCUGCUGAAGUCCCAGAGGCUGAGCAACGACCAUGUCUGCUAUUUCCUCUACCAGAUCCUGCGAGGCCUCAAGUACAUUCACUCCGCCAACGUGUUGCACCGUGACCUCAAACCCUCCAACCUGCUCAUCAAUACCACCUGCGACCUCAAGAUCUGUGACUUUGGCCUGGCACGAAUAGCCGAUCCUGAGCACGACCACACAGGUUUCCUGACAGAGUAUGUGGCUACGCGUUGGUACAGGGCUCCAGAAAUCAUGCUCAACUCAAAGGGCUACUCCAAGUCCAUUGACAUCUGGUCAGUGGGCUGCAUCCUGGCUGAGAUGCUGUCUAACAAGCCCAUCUUCCCAGGGAAACACUACUUGGACCAGUUGAACCACAUACUGGGUAUCCUUGGCUCUCCAUGUCAAGAAGAUCUGAACUGCAUCAUCAAUAUGAAGGCAAGGAACUACCUGCAGUCCCUGCCUGAAAAAGCCAAGGUCCCCUGGGAAAAGCUCUUUUACAAGGCCGAACCAAAAGCCUUGGACCUGCUGGGCCGUAUGUUGACCUUCAACCCCAUCAAGCGCAUCAGUGUUGAGGAGGCUCUGGCUCAUCCUUACCUAGAGCAGUACUACGAUCCCACGGAUGAGCCGGUAGCAGAGGAACCGUUCACUUUCUCCAUGGAGCUUGAUGACCUUCCCAAGGAGAAGCUGAAGGAACUGAUCUAUGAGGAAACGGCUCGUUUCCAGGAAACCUACCAGGGUUCCUGAGACGCACAGCCCUGAAGAGUGACAAAGCCGUGCAGAGGCUCAGAUCAAGAAGACUCCAAAAGACGUGCUAAAACAAAAAGAAAAAAAACAAUCUUCAAGGAAACCAACAAAAAGAGAAAUCAUGAAAUAUGAACAAUUACCUGCUUAUCUUUCCAUUUCUACUGCAAAAGAGAGCUAAGUUUAACUUAAAUUACUGUGGUUGGGUGGGCUGUUGGGGCUCUGUCAUACUCGAGCCCUUUUAUUUUUAUUCCCAUGUCGGACUCUCCCUCCUCUCCUCUCCUCUCCUCUCCUCUCACCUCACCUCAUAUUUGUUCUGUUGUUUUCCCAUCACAGGUCCUGCCUCACCCUGUCCCACCUGCAGUCACUCACUGCCUCCCCUCUCCUCGUUCACCUCUUCUGCGCCUGUCGCUGAUCUGUCUUUCCUCUCUGUCGCUCCUCCUCAUAUAAUCAUAAACUACUGUAUUAACCAACACCAUAACUUUUCAUCUCGGCUCCUUGUAAAUUAACAACCUGGAAAAAUCGAGGGCUAAAAGAACGGAGAUGCUCGUUGGGUGUGUGUAUGUGUGUGUAUAUAUAUAUAAAAGAAUAUGAAACGUUUUUUCUUUAGUUCUUUUUAAGUGUGCUUGUCGCAGUUUUUCCUUUGUAUACCGUUGUUUAGGUGUUUUUUUUCGAAUCAGUUCAAAGUCGUAUUUGUAUGUUUUUGGGAUUUAUAUUUGCAAGUCAUUUUUGAACACUUGCUUUUGAGACAAACGGUCAGUGUUUUUAUUGGCAUGUUGGCAGGUUUAUAGAUUUGUUUGUUGUCGCUCUUUUUUGUUUUUCCUCUUUAAAGAAAAACUGUGUAUGAUCCUCAUAUGAAUGCAUGCAUUCCUGAAAUUUACCAAAGUGGCAGAGAGAUGUGAGAAACUUGGCACCGAUGGGAUUCCACAUUUUACUGUAACUACAUUUCGCGACGAGGGCGGAGAGACUGGUCCGAGUUGUUUUCUCGACAUGUUGGGAGCUAAUCAGAUUGAAGUAAACGGCAUGAAAUGAUUUCCAUGUUGCGUGCACAUUCUGAUUUUUACAACUGUGAUGCCUAAGCCCUGUUUUCCAGACUGUUCAUGAGACAUUGUUUUCUUACGUCAAUCCCCAACUCCAAAAUUAGACUCGUGCUGUAAGAGUGAGGCAUGAAAACACCAAAUAUGGCAUCAUUAAGUCACUGGAUGAUGCAGAAAUGCUGCCAAACGCUGAUGUCAGACACUGGUGUAACGUUGCUGUGUUCGCCCUUGUAACAUCAUUUUACUGUUGAAUACAACCAGUGUCUGCAUCACAUUCCUAUGUUAAAUUACAUUCCUGUAAGAAACACCAAACAAAAGACAGAACUUUCAUUUUACACCGCUGAUGCCGUCUGUCCAUCGUCCUUCUGCUCCUCUGACUCCUAAUUCAACCUCAAUCCUUAAUUUGCUCUGGAAAAUGGGGGUCUGUUAUUUUUACUGUAAACCUCUCGACCACUCACUGCUGUGUUUGGUCCGAUUUCUCGUUUGCCGCCGUUUUGAUCCAGGGCAGCUACAUGGAGUGUGAGGUGCUUGCACGCUGAGACCCAACCGUUCCUGAAGGCCUAAUUAUUCAUUAAUCAAAGCAGGCCGUUUAUAAAUGCAGCCUUGUGCAUGUUUUCAGCUGGCGUGUCAUAGAUGACGGUUAGUGCGGCGUUUGUACCCUUUCCACAGCAGAUGUUUUGACUUUUCAUCGAAAGAAAAGCACCGGUGAAUCUCAAAACUCAUCAAAAAUGUCUCCGGAAACCAGUGAGUCGGGGAAAGCGCUCGGUCAAUGGCUCGUCUGAAAGGAAUGCGCUGUUUGUUAAUGUUUACCGCUAUAACACAGCAGAAUGUCCACUGUGUGGGGGGGAGGUCUGUUGAUAUGAGUGUUGAAUGUAACCGUACUUACUCUGUGGACUCUGUCAAUGUACUCCUCGACUGCACCUUCUGUUGGACUACUGUGAGAACUGUUACUGGUCAAUCACAGUCGAAUGUUUCAGCAGAGAGCUGCACAGUUAUUCCUGCUCAGUGCACGACCGAGCAACCAUCCUCACGUCCUGGUUGAGUAUAGAGAAAUAGAAACCCCCCCUCCUCUGGUUUUCUGCUACUGUUCCCUUCUUUCUUUUACCUGUGUGUGUCUGUUUUCUAGCCGCCUGUAAGCAUCCAGGAUUUUUGUGCUUAAGGUUGCUCUUAAUGACAUGUUCUGUUCUCCAUGUUCACUGUCCUCAUCAGUGGUUGGGUGUCUGCUCCCUGCUCUCUGUGACCACGCUACUUUUUAUUUUUUUGCAGCUUGGCAUGCGUCCAGUCUGCACUAUUUUUUUCCCCACCUGUCGCAUUGGGACCAGUGUAUAGACCCAGACGUGGAGCGUGCUCACUGGCCACGCCCCUCCUGCCCCGAAAUCGGUUUCUCGUCAUUGGUUUUUGUUCAACAUCGUUGGGUUUUUUUCCUUCAGAAGCCAUAGCCAGGACUCUGGGAUCGUUGUGAGGUUUUAUGGUGCAUGUGGUGAUGCUCUUUUGUUUUUGUUCAGCCUUCCUCCCAACUCUCACCAUGCUUGACUUAAAAAAAAAAAAGAAGAAAAAAAGAAAAAGGGCUGCUUCCCUCCUGCUGUUAUCUGUUUUUGCUUAUCAACCAUGGGAUUAGUGACUACUUCCUAACCUGUGUCACCAACUUUUGCUGCCACGCUCCUCCUCAGAUAAUCACCCCCCCUUCUUGCGUCACCUGACUCAUAGAUCAUGGACACUCUUAUAAGCAGGAGGACUUGCUCCAAUCAUGUGACUUAAUCAGCACGCUGGCACUUUGUCCUUCUAGCCACGCUUUGUCUCCUCCUAGGUUAUUUAGGAUGGUUCUCCUAUCCCCGUCUUGUAUCCUGCUCAUCCAGCUUUAAGUUUCACCUCCAGUGUGUGUGUGUGUGUGUGUGUGUGUGUAAGUCUCAUGGACUGUCUGCAGUAAUUUAUGUUUGUGUAAAUUGUUUAUGUAUCAUCAGAAACAUAAAGCCAAGGCUCUCUUUUUGUCUGGUGUGAGUUGGUUGUGUAUUUUGUCCUCACAGCUUCUCCCUGUACUUACCUUUUUUGCUUUUAAAUCUGUGCGACUGUUUUUGGGUUUUGCUUUUCUUUUUCAUGAACAGUCGACACAGAUAUUCUUUGGUGUCUUUCUUAUGUAUAUUUGAUCACUGGUCAAACAGGCGAUGCAUGCUCCCCCCGCCCCCCCGACCUGCCACUAGACCAAACAUCUCACUGAGUAACUAUAGGAAGGAACCAAGAGGACCACAUUUUUGCAAUCGCACACACUUGCACUCAUUCGCACUCCCUCUUUCUAACUGAGCAGUGUGUCUGUGUGAAACGUUGCACUUAAACACACCACAUACAUUCACACAGUAUCAACAAGUCCAAAGGGCCUGUCUGUCCCGGGGCCUGUUUCCAGAUAUUGUUGUUUUUAAAUGGCUGUUCUUCUUACUGCUAUUGUUGUUAUAUUGGUGAGUUGUUGUAUUUUUCUUUUCAUUUUUUUUUUCAUUUUUACGUAAAAAGGGAGUUAAAGUUGUAUCUUUUUUUUUCUUUCUUUUUUUUUUUUACUUAUUAGAAUGUUUUUAUUUGUAUUUCUUUAUUUCUCAUAUGGUUGUGAUUUAUUAUUGGCAGUGUUUUCAAUAUUUUUGACGAAACCUAGUUUUGUUUUUUUUUGUUGUUUUUUUUGCGUUUUAAUUUUCCCUCCAAGAUCUUACAAGAAAUGAUUUCAAAGAAGAUAUAAGUAGAUUGUCAAAGAGCUAUGAGUUAUUGAGGGUUAUAGUGUGUAUAUUCUAUGGGUAUUAUUAAUGAAACAAUUAACAAAGAAACAGAAUUAUAUACAUAUAAUUAAAUAAACAUUUCCUGAUACUGUUA